GUAGUUUAAUCUCCCCCCAUCGCGCACCAAAAAAAAAAUGUCCCAAGGAAUCCUCAUCACCGCCUCGAAAGUAGCCACACCCUUCAAGUCGGAGCUUCUUUCUGCCCUCGCCUCCCCUCGCUUUUCCUCGCGACCUCCGCACUUGGUCGGUAUCCUCGCUACAAAAAAGGAGGAUGCCAGGACCUAUGCCGAGUUCACCAAGAAGGCGUGUGAGACCUUGGGGAUCACAUAUGAGCUGAGACUCGUCGGUGAAGCAAGGGAGGGAAUGGAUGGUGAAGGUGUGGGGAUCGAGGUUGAAGAAGCAAUCCUCGAGGCAAACGAAGAUCCCGAGGUGGACGGCAUGAUGGUCUACUACCCCAUCUACGGCGGCCGUCAAGACCAAUACCUCCAAUCGGUCGUCUCCCCGCAGAAAGACGUCGAGGGUCUCAACCACCAAUUCCUCUUCAACCUCUACCACAACGUCCGUUUCAUCAACCCGCUCACGCUCCGUCCCAUCCCUGCUUCGCACUUGCCCGAGCCCUUGCCGAGCAAGUCGGGCGAUAGCUCCAAAGGCGAAGACGUUGCGCCGGAAGGUACAGUGAAAUCCAUCUUGCCCUGUACGCCCCUGGCGAUCGUCAAGGUACUCGAACAUAUCGGCGUGUACAACAGGCUUCUCGCCUAUGGCGAUCGAGCGAGGGGCAAGGUGAUUACCGUCAUCAACCGUUCUGAAGUUGUCGGUCGUCCGCUGGCGGCCCUGUUGGCCAACGACGGCGCGCGCGUCAUCUCCGUCGACCUUGACUCCAUCGUCGAAUUCUCCAAGCGGCCUUCCAAGUCGGCGGAAGGUAAAAAACCUUCGUCAGCGAGUCCACACCAUAUUACCACCCCCUUGCCUGAUAUGACACUGCACAAGGCGUUGAGUUUCAGUGACGUGGUGAUUUCUGCCGUGCCUGUGGAUAGCUUCAAGGUGCCAACCAGGGAGUUGAAGGACGGAUGUGUUUGUGUGAAUGUUGCUGGGGAGAAGAACUUUGAGACGGAUGUCAGGGAUCGGGCGUCUAUUUACGUUCCCUCUGUUGGUGUCAUGACCAUCACCAUGCUCCAGCGAAACUUGUUGAGGUUGUGCGAGUACCGCGAUAUGAUCAAGAAGCAAGAGGCCUCCUUGUAGAUAAAGAGUUGUAGUGUAGUAGGCAGAGGCGUGUCGGCAUGUUGCGUUGUUCAUCUUAUUCUUCUUUACAUGAAUCGAGUUCUCGGCUCCAUCAUGGUCAG